CAACAUCAAACGCCAAGUCACUACGAUAGGUUCGAACCACACUUAAUAAAAAUAGCUAGAAGUUUCAUUUAUAUAGCCAUUUCCAGAAUCAGAAGUUGUAUUGUAAAACCAACAGCCAAAGCAUCACCACCCAGCAUCAACCAUGAAGGCGACAUCGGUUUUGAUAGUGGCUACAAAUUUGAUUGUGCUUAUUUCAGCUCAGCAAUUCAAACCGGAAUGCUUCCCACCACCAAACACCAAAAACCCUCGCGAAUGCUGUGAGGUUCCGAACGUAAUGCCAUCUCGGGAGAUUUUCACAUCGUGCAUGCAGAAAUUUCCAAUGCCCAUGACGCCACCGACACCUGGAACUCCACCCCCAGGUGCUAAUUGUAUCGCCCAGUGUAUUCUCGAACAGCUCGGUAUGAUGACGAACGGAGCCAUCAGCAAGGAUGCGGCCAAGUCCAAGGUGUCUUCACUGGUUGGCUCUUCCGCCGAAUGGCAAACGGUGGCCCAAGGUGCCGUUGAAUCCUGUUUCACGAAAGCUUCAGCCGUAGGAUCCCAGAAAGACAGCAGCGGUUGCAAUGUCAUCGCGGGAGAAUUUUUCGAAUGUCUGCCCACCGCGAUGUUUAAGAGCUGCCCAAAAUCAUUCUGGACUGCAAAUCCCGAGUGUGAACAACAAAAGGCCCAUUUGGAAAAAGGAUGUCCCAUCAUGUCCCUGAUGAAAGGUCCUCCACAGCUUUAAUUCAGCCAGAGUUAUAACAAACACAGAAAUGUUACAAAUAUAAUACAUAAAUAUUAAUUUCAUCAGAA